AUGUUCUUUGUGCAGGCGCAUGGUGUGAUUGUGCUGGGCCUUGCGCUGUAUGCCCAGGGCCACGCCACCACGGAGAUAAACCUGAAGCAGGAGUUUGUACAUCACGGACAUCACGGUGAGCUCGGUCAUAUCGGAGCUCAGUCGCCAGAGCAUCAUGUGGAAUACGCUUGGGCGUAUCCGUCAUAUGAAUUCUCUUACAAGGUGAAUGACCCCCACACCCAUGACCACAAAGGUCAACAUGAGCAUAGACAUGGGGAUGAAGUGAGAGGCGAGUACUGGCUCCUGCAGCCAGAUGGCAAGACACGUACUGUCAAGUACCACUCCGACAAGCAUAAAGGAUUUCACGCUGACGUCCACUACUCAAAACAUCACGAACAUCGAGAGGAGCCUCGUAUUGAGGAGAUUCGUGCAGAAGAACCGCGUGUAGAGGAGCCUCGUAUAGAAAUUAUUAAACCAGUGAUAGAAAUCGUCGACGAAGAGCCCGAAAGGAAAAUAGAGGAAGCUGAACCUGCUGUAGUGGAAAAAGAGCCAGUAGCUGUUGUGGAAGAGCGUGAAGAAGAACGCCCCGAGCCUACGCACCACAAACCACAAAACCCAAUACAUAUAGAGUACUACGUUAAUAAAAAACUGCGAAAACAUCACGAAGAAUAUGAGAAACAUAAAGAGGCAGUGCAUGUUGAACCAGAGGAACACCAUGAAGAAGAGCAUCGCAUAGAAGAAACCGCCGGUGAUUCUGGCGAAGAAGCUCCCACUCAAGAGCAAGAGGAGCCUCGUAAACCAGUUCACAUCGAAAACUACUCGAUGAUUCACCAUCCUAUUCACAAUGAACAUCAUGGCCACGAAAAAUCAAUCCAUCAUGAAGGACGUGAGGAAGAACAACGCGGUCGAGAAGAACAACGCGGUCGAGAAGGACAACGCGGUCGAGAAGAACAACGCGGUCGAGAAGAACAACGCGGUCGAGAAGAACAACGUGGUCAAGAAGAACAGGAACAACGUGAUCGAGAAGAACAACGCAGUCGAGAGAAACAAUACGGUCGCAAAGAAUAUUAUGGUCACAAAGCACACCGAAGCCAGAACGAAGUUAAAAGCUGGGACGAACACCACAGUCAUGAAGAACUUGAACAUAAGGAUCUUCUGCCCAUGUUGAUGCGUCCAUUUAGGGUACCCCAUCACGAUUUUAAAGAGAAUCAUAAAUAUUCAGAAAAGUACAGACCUAUACGAAUUGAGGAGAGGUCCGACAAAAGAUAUGAACCACACGUUCAGCUCCAACGCAUGCACAAACCUAUCAUCGUCCCUGAAUAUGCCCGUCAUCCUCGGUACCACCGUGACAGUAAGAAAGUUACACGCAAUAGGAUCUCAAAGAAUGUGAGUUAG